AGAGCCCUGCCGAAAGCCAUUUUGUCUUUCAGGGCAUUUUGCAAGGAGGUUUGGCACGGGUUUGUAGCGAAGGAGCAGCUGCAGUUGCGCCGUUCUGUCUUCAGCUUCAGGAUGUUUCCCAUGGCCAGAACUGCUCUAAGUCGUCUCCGAGUACAAAGCAUUCCACAAACAAUGGCAAGGCAGAGCCACCAGAAAAGGACGCCUGAUUUCCAUGACAAAUAUGGUAAUGCCGUAUUAGCUAGUGGAGCCACUUUCUGUAUUGCUGUAUGGGCAUAUACAGCAACACAAAUUGGAAUAGAAUGGAACCUGUCCCCUGUUGGCAGAGUCACCCCAAAGGAAUGGAGAGAUCAGUAAUCAAUCAUCCCAGUUGGUAUAAUACUGAAUUGUUUCAAAACCAACUCACAGUUGAUGCCAAGUAGAAGCACUGUGCACCCAUUAAAAUAUGGCAUGGUUGAAGAAAUAAAGUACAUUUGAAACCUU